AUGGUCCCCCUCGGCAGCUCCCCCCGAGCAGUGUGCUCCCCCGGCCGCGGCGUCUCCCCCCUGCGCCUGCUGAACCGGGGCCCCGAGUACCUGCGGGAGCAGGUGGCGGGGGGCAGCGGGGGCCGCGCGCCCAGCGCCGUGGAGCGGCUGGAGGCCGACAAAGCCAAAUACGUCAAAUCGCAGCAGGUCAUCAACAGCCGGCAGGAGCCGGCGCUGCGGGGCUGCUCGCCCCGCUUCUCCCCCCGCGGCCGGCGCCUGCUCGCCCUCCAGCAGUGCCACGAGCUCUGCCAGGGCUCGGACCUGAGCCGCGACGGCCCCCGCAAGCCGCCGUGCCCCCAGUCCCCCGUGCUGCGGAGGGGCGGCAGCGGCAAGCGCCUGCUGAGGCCCGACUCGCUCAUCAUUUACCGGCAGAAACGGGACUGCCCGGUCAUCAACAAGGAGAACAAGGGCUACGGGCUGGUCAGGCGCCUCUUCCAGGGGCCGCUCAGGGACAAGCCCCCCAGCUCCCCCCCAGCCCGCGGGCUGGCCGGAGCCCCCGAGAGCCCCAUGCUGUGGGUGCCCACGGAGCGAGCGGAGCCGAGGACACCGGGCACCACCACCGGCAGCAGAAGCAGCAGCGGCAGCAACAUCUUCCAGCUGCCCGGCAGCCCCGUGGCGCAGCCCCCCGAAGCCCCCAGCCCGGCCCAGACCCCCGCCUCCCCCAGCCCCAGCAAGCCAGCGCUGGGCCUGCGCCUCUCGCUGCCGCUGUCGGAGCAGGAGCGCUUCUUCAACUACUGCGGGCUGGACCGGGCGCUGGUGGAGGGGCUGGGGCAGGAGCGGUUCGUGCCGGCGGGCUGGGACAACGCCUCGGCGAAGUUCCCCGGCUCCUGCGAGUGGGAGCCCAGCCAGGCCUCGGGGGGCAGCGGGGAGGACGCGGGGCCGGGCGAGGAGGAGCAGGACGCCCGGCUCUGCUCCGCCGUUUCGGUGGUGGAGCGCAACGCCCGCGUCAUCAAGUGGCUCUACGGCUGCCAGCGAGCCUGGGCGGCCGCCAAGGAAUCCACGGUGUGA